UCCGCUCUACAGUCCGUCGCGCUCCUGUACGCCCGCACGCCCUUUCUACCCGCCCGUCCACAUCCUGUGUCGCGCCCUCGCGAAGCCUGACGGAGGACGGACAGGAACGACGGAUCGCGUCAAGCGAAAGUCGGUCGUCCAUGAGCUUACCUUAAUUACAGCAGGUGGCGAGGGCAGGACUACCUGUGCGUGAUGUGGGCGGCUAGUGGCUGAUGGGCCGGGCUGGACACCGACCUCAACGCCUUCGUGGGCGUGGAUUAUAGUGUGGACCUAUCCUUCAGUCAUCCUCGCGUAGGGGAGCGAGGGGAACAAGAGGCUGACGAGCGCGGGCGUCCCUCCUCCCCAUCCUUCAGCUCCUGCUUGGGAAAAAUGUGCCGGAGUGCCGCCGUCUCCUCAGUGGCCCUGGCUCUGUGAUCUCUGCCGCACGUGCAGGAGCUCCGUGCAGGAUCCCGCUCCCCAAGACCCGCGACAUAGUGUUUACAAAGAAAAUCGGUUCUGAAAAAGUUGAAUAAGGAAAAUGAUGUCUGCACAGAAAUAAUGUGCUUGUUGUGAUCUGUUUGUUUGCAAGUGUUUCAAAGUGUGAUAAUAAGAGUGAACAGUUUAAAAAGUAAGAAAUAAAGAUAGUGUUAGUAGACAAUGGACAAAUGUGUUAAGGAUUUAUAGAAAGGAAAAGAAGUCGAAUGAAGCUAUUGUUGAAAAUUAGUGCUAGUGUGUUAGUGAAAAAAGUCCUGGGAUCGGGUUACUGCCAGAUCAGGCUCCUGCCUCACCUCUGGGGCGUGUGCAGGGAGUGAGAUGUCACCGCGGAGAUGACCUGAGCCGACCUGCAGGUGACCUAGUUUUAAUCAGCGGGAGGUCAUCCUCGUCGUAGCUUUGAGGUUUCUGCGUCACAGUAAGGUUGCAUGUACUCAAGGUUUUUCUCUAACCCCGUGUGUGUAUUUCCCCCCUUACAGCAGGGAGCAGGAUGCGGCCAGGUGCCUCUCCUUCUGGCUCCUCCACGGCCCCUCCCCUGCUGCUGACGCCCCUGCUCCUGCUCCUGCUGGCCCUUGCUUGUUCGCUCGUCAACGCAACUCCAGCCACAGCGGACACGAGCGGCGUGAACAGCACCGCCGAGGGAGACCCAGGCGGCGGGGACAGCGAAGCGGCCGCCGACAACUCGCCCGACAAAGUCUUCACGUUUAUAGAGUUCAUUACUCAUCCGCCGCAGUUCGAGGAGCGGCCCGUCGACCAGAUCGUGAUGAACGACCGCGUGGCCUCGUUCACGUGCCGCGCCACGGGCAACCCUGAGCCGCGGAUCCAGUGGCGCAAGAACGGCAGGAAGGUCAGCGGCAACACUCGCUACAUGAUCCUCAACGUGCCCGGCGGUUCUAUCCUGAGGAUCGAACCCGUCAAGUUCCUGCGCGACGAAGCCACCUACGAGUGCGUCGCCGAGAACACCGCCGGAGACACCAUCACCGCCAAGGCCAAGCUCGACGUCAUCUCCGACGACCCGAACUCUCAGCCCGCGGGGUUCCCCUACUUCCGCACGGAGCCGAAGACGAAGGCGGUGGAGAUCGACCACACGGCGCUGCUGGUGUGCGACGCCCGAGGCAACCCCGACCCGGACAUCACCUGGUACAAGGACCACCGGCCGGUCGACCUCACCAACCAGCGCUACAGCGUCCUCCGCUCCGGGAGCCUGCAGAUCAGCACCAGCACGGAGGAGGACGGAGGCAAAUACGAGUGCGUCGCGAGGAACUCCGUGGGAACAGCCUUCAGCAACCUCGUCAGCCUCUAUGUCAGGGUGCGCCGCGUGCCUCCUCGCUUCAGCAUGCCCCCCGACUCUGUCUACGAGGUCAUGCCCGGCGAAUCCCUCAGCAUCCCGUGCGUGGCCGUGGGCUCGCCGAUGCCGUACGUGCAGUGGAAGAAGAACUCCCGACAGGGCCCGGCGGAGGACAUGACGGAUAACCUGAUCACCAAGAACGUGCUGGUGCUCGAGAACAUCCAGGAAUCGGCCAACUACACCUGUCAAGCGCAGUCAACCCUUGGACUCGUCACCCAGGAGGUCGCCGUCAAGGUUCAAGCUCUGCCGCGUCCUCCCGACCAGGUCAUGAUCAGUGACGUCAUGGCGACAUCGGUGCGGAUCACAUGGGACUAUGACGUCAGCCCGGGAGACAUCUCGUAUUACGUCAUUCAGUACAAGCCGCACCACGCCGAGAGGGACUACCACGAAAUCUCCGGCCUCGUCACCAAGUUCUACAACGUCAUUGGACUGACCCCGUUCACCGUGUACGAGUUCCAAGUCCUCGCCGUGAACAAGAUCGGACGCGGCCCGCCGUCGAAGCCCGUGACGGUGAGCACGGGAGAAACAGUCAACGGUGGAAACUCAAAUCCUGGCAGCGCCCCCAGGAACGUGCACGUGCGGCCGCUGUCCUCGUCGACGAUGGUGAUCCAGUGGGACGAACCCGAGGUCCCCAACGGCCAGAUCACGGGCUACAAACUGUACUACACCACCAAUCCAUCUCUGCCAAUCCAGUCUUGGAAGAGUCAACCGGUGCAGGAUAACAAGUUGACAACCAUCAGUGACCUAACUCCACACACUAUCUACACCAUACGUGUGCAAGCUUACACAGGCAUUGGACCAGGGCCUCUCUCAGACCCUGUAAAAGUCAAGACUCAGCAAGGAGUACCUAGCCAGCCCACCAACCUGCAUCCUGCUCGCGUUACGGCAACAUCUAUUGAACUCAGUUGGACGAGACCUUCUCAUCAAGGAGAGAACAUCAUUUCUUAUGAACUGUAUUGGAAUGAUUCUACAACUCAGAGACAAGAGCAACGUAACAUUCCGGAGGGCGAGAGCUACACCUUGGAAAACCUGCAGCCGAACACAGUGUACAAUCUGUGGCUGGCAGCUCGAUCGCAGCGGGGGGAAGGCGCCAGCACUGCACCCAUCUCAGUCCGCACAGAGGAACACUUCCCGGGUGCUCCUCCCAGCAACAUCCGUGCUGCGGCUGAAGACUCAGAGACAAUCCAUGUGGAGUGGGAACCUCCCCCAGAAGACAAACAACACGGAAAGAUCACCCACUACAAACUCAUGUAUGUCAACAACACACGACCAGAUUCAGAUGCUUCGGUGAUCACAAUAUCUGACCCCACACAGCGGGAUUACCUCAUUACCAACCUGCAGAAAUGGACGGAGUACAGAGUUUGGAUGCUAGCAGGAACCAUCAUAGGGGAUGGUGUCAAAUCUGACCCCCAGCUAGUCCGCACAGAUGAAGAUGUUCCUGGUGAACCACGCAACGUGAAGGUCGAGGUCAUCAACAGCACAAGCAUUAGGGUCACUUGGACGCCUCCUAACGAGGGGGAAAGAAACGGCAUUCUUCGUGGCUACCAGAUCCAUGUGCAGGAGAUUGAAGGAAGGGGAGGCAGUAUGAUUAUUCCUGGUUCCAUGCCAUACACAGUACACAAUGGUGAAGCAACAAGUUAUGUGGUUACUGAUCUGCACCCUGACACAGAGUAUCAAGUUCAGGUGUCAGCUAUAACAAGAAAAGGUGAUGGUGAGAGAUCAUUGCCUACAAAAGUGCAGAUGCCAGGUGGUGUGCCCAACAAACCUGCUCUAAUUGUGAAUGGCACUAUUGAUAAAACUAAUGGAAGGCUGUCUGUUUUCGUUGAAUGGAAAACUCCAACUGAGACUUAUGGAGAGAUAAUGGGUUACCGUUUGAGAUAUGGACCGAGAGGAGAAAAGCUAAAUACUGUCAGUCUUGAGGGUCGCUCCAUGCUGCACAAGACACUUAAUGAUCUGCAGAGGGGAAUCGAGUAUGAGAUCCGUGUAGCUGGUCGCAACCACAUAAACUAUGGUCAGGAAGCAGUUGAAUAUUAUAUGACUCCUGAGGCACCACCAUCUGGGCCUCCCACCAACAUUACUUACAAAUACCAAACUCCUGGCACUAUUGUUUUCACAUGGGACUUACCUAAGCCUAAUGAAAGGAAUGGAGUUAUUCAUAUGUAUGAUGUGCAGUUCAACAAGAAUGUGAUAUUGAACAAUGACUUCAAACAUGAGAGAAACACUACUGAAGGGAGAAUAGUCUUUAAUGGUCUAGAGGAGAACAUGGAUUAUACUUUCAAGGUUCGAUCUUGGACUUCAAAGGGCCCUGGUCCUUACAGUGAGAUUGUACACUUACACACAGAGCCUGACCUUGUUCGAGCUCCCAUGUCCCUUCAGGGACUUGCCACUUCAGAAUCCUCUAUUGAAAUAUGGUGGGAACCCGUUCCUUCUCGUGGGAAAGUUAUAGGAUAUCAGGUGUUUUACACAAUGGCUCCAUCAGCCGAUUUGGACCUGUGGACUCAUAUCAAAGUUCCAGUAACCCACUCGGCUGAACUGCAGAACUUGGAACGCCAUGCUGAGUAUGCUAUUGCAGUAGCUGCCAGGACUGCAACAGGAUUGGGUCGCUUGUCAACAAUGCUACCUGUACGUGUGAAACCAGUGGACGUACCAAUGUACCUGCGCGCUCAUCAUGUCACCACACACUCUGCAAAUCUAACUUGGGGCCCACCUAUUCAGCUGAAUCCUUUGCACUUCAAGGUGACCUAUAGUGCAGUGAAGGAGUUUGUUGAUGCUCAAGGUGUGACACAAGUCCAGGAGAUUAGUGUAACUACCAAAAUUGUGAAUAAGCGUAAGCACAGCUUCAUCAUAGAGGAUCUACGUCCCUUCACUACCUACACUGUGAAUGUCACUGCUGUACCACAGACCCAAGAGUACCGUCCACCUGCUAAGAUCACUGUAACGACUCAGAUGGCAGCUCCUCAGCCAAUGGUGAAGCCUGACUUUUAUGGUGUCAAUGGUGACCAUGAGAUAGCCAUGAUCUUACCUCAAGCGUCAGAGGAGUACGGGCCAAUAGCUUUUUAUUACCUUAUAGUUGUGCCCGACGACAAACUCCAUGCCUUUAAGAACCCUGAUCAGUAUCUCACGGAUGAUGGCAAAUCACUUCAUCACGCUUCAUCUACACCUGAAUUACACAAUCAUGGUCUCAUAGCCAAUAAGGCUGGAAGCAAGGAAGCGCUAGCUGAAGGACCCUACAUUGCGGCCAAGUUCCUACAUCGCAACAUCCCAUAUUCCUUCUCUCUUGGUAAUGGUCAGAUUUAUGAGGGAUUCAAGAACAGACCGUUGCAGAAUAACAAGAGAAGGUACAAGAUCUUCGUUAGGGCCAUUGUCGACACUCCUGGACAGCACCUCUACACUUCAUCACCCUUCUCGGACUUCAUCUCAUUGGACAUGCGAGCUGCACCCACAGGGAAGCUCCCAGAGCGCCCGAAGCCCAUUUCUGAAAGUAAUGGAACAACUGUCCCCAUUAAGGGCCCUGGGAAUGAUAUGGAAAUGCUCAUGAUUGUUGGUCCUGUUAUUGGAGCUGUCCUGCUGGUGGUCAUAUCUCUGUUCUUAUUCCUCUUUGUUUGGAAGCGCCGCAGACAGCCCAAGUCCCGUGACCAGGCUCAGGUGACAAAGCCCUUGAUGGCUGAUCACGGUGGUGGCCAUGUGGGGGGAGGAAUCGGCGGUGGUGGAGGCAGCGUUGGCGUGAUCCCGGCUGCUCCCUCCGAUCCGGUGAAGAUGCGACGACUCAACUUCCAGACCCCAGGCAUGAUCUCCCACCCUCCGAUCCCCAUCUCACAGCUUGCCGAGCAUAUUGAGAGACUCAAGGGCAAUGACAAUCAGAAGUUCUCACAGGAGUAUGAGUCAAUUGAGCCUGGACAGCAGUUUACUUGGGAUAACAGUAACCUUGAAGUCAACAAACCAAAGAAUCGUUAUGCCAAUGUGAUUGCAUAUGACCACUCAAGAGUUGUUCUUCAGACUCUUGAAGAAGUUCCAGGAAGUGAUUAUAUCAAUGCCAACUUUUGUGAUGGCUAUCGCAAACAAAAUGCGUAUAUUGCCACUCAGGGUCCACUUCCGGAAACUUUUGGAGACUUUUGGCGCAUGUGUUGGGAACAGCGCUCUUGUACGAUUGUGAUGAUGACUAAGCUGGAGGAGAGAACUAGGAUCAAGUGCGACCAGUAUUGGCCUGGGAGAGUAUCACAGACAGAAACUUAUGGUAUCAUGCACAUCACCCUGACUGACAUUCAAGAGCUAGCCACCUACACUGUGAGGACUUUCCAGUUACAGAGAUCUGGCAGUUUGGACCGACGUGAAGUGCGGCAAUUCCAGUUCACUGCCUGGCCUGACCACGGCGUUCCUGACCACCCAACACCAUUCCUCAUGUUCCUGCGGCGAGUGCGACACGUCAACCCACCAGACUCGGGACCAAUUGUCGUUCACUGCAGUGCUGGUGUUGGCCGAACAGGAGCUUUCAUUGUCAUUGAUGCCAUGCUGGAGAGGAUAAAGCAUGAACAGAGUGUUGACAUCUAUGGACAUGUGACUUGUCUGCGUGCUCAAAGGAACUACAUGGUCCAAACUGAAGACCAAUACAUCUUUAUACAUGAUGCCCUCUUGGAGGCUGUGAUGGCAGGGGCAUCAGAGGUGCCAGCGCGCAGCUUACACUCGCAUAUCCAGAAGUUAAUGGCUGUUGAAGCUGGUGAUACUGUGACAGGCAUGGAACUGGAAUUUAAGCGUCUAGCAAACAUCAAGGCCCAACCAUCGAGGUUUGUUAGUGCCAACCUGCCAGUCAACAAAUUCAAGAACCGAUUAGUAAACAUCCUGCCAUACGAAAGUACUCGUGUUUGCCUUCAGCCUCUCCGUGGCAGUGAGGGCUCAGACUACAUUAAUGCCAGCUUUAUUGAUGGCUAUAGGUAUCGCUGUGCUUACAUUGCAACACAAGGUCCAUUGCAAGAGACAGUUGAUGACUUCUGGCGGAUGCUUUGGGAACACAACUCCACCAUUGUUGUCAUGCUCACCAAGCUCAAGGAGAUGGGCAGGGAAAAAUGUUACCAGUACUGGCCAAAUGAACGUUCUCAACGAUACCAGUUUUAUGUGGUGGAUCCAAUAGCUGAGUAUAAUAUGCCUCAGUAUAUUCUCAGGGAGUUUAAGGUUACUGAUGCUAGAGAUGGACAGUCUCGCACCAUACGACAGUUCCAGUUUAUUGAAUGGCCAGAGCAGGGUGUGCCAAAGUCUGGAGAAGGGUUCAUUGACUUCAUUGGCCAAGUGCACAAGACAAAGGAGCAGUUUGGACAGGAUGGGCCCAUCACUGUACACUGCAGUGCCGGUGUUGGACGUACCGGUGUGUUUAUCACCUUGAGUCAGGUCCUGGAGCGCAUGCAGUAUGAGGGUGUUGUUGACAUGUUCCAGACCGUCCGCAACCUCCGCACACAGCGUCCUGCUAUGGUGCAGACAGAGGAGGAGUACAGGUUCUGCUACUUGGCCAGUCUGGAGUACCUAGACAGUUUUGAUCACUUCGUAGACUGACUAUCAAGGCCUGCCGGCACUCGCCUGCAAUCUGUGUGGACCUGAGAAAACAAUCAGGCUAGCUCGGGUGCUAGAGUAAGCAAAUAAUUGUAGGCAGUUAGUGGUGAUAAGUUGCACUAGAAUGAACCAUUUAUCUCUGUGCUGCAGAGGUGCUCUCUCUAGAAAAAAGCAGAUACUGUGUUGUAUCUUGCUAAGAAAGAAAUAUUGGGCUCAUUCAAAAUAAUGAUAAGGCUGGUGUGAAAGAAUUUUCUUGUAGUGAGACUUUCUCCAACUCCCCUGAGUUAGCACUACAGACACUUCAUGAAUGGCCAAAUGCAGAUAGUGCAAUAAGUUUUAUCAUAUAUUUAAAUAUCUGAUUUAUAUAUUUAAAAGAGUUGAAAUCAAAAAAGUUAUUAUGUUGGAAACUCGCACCCUCCAAGAUGUCAUUUCCAUGGAAACUAAACAAGAGACAGUGGACGACUUGCUUCUUGUUGACUGACGACCACAAAGCUCGUGUCAGUGAUCGCAUGAGUGAAACCAAGCUGCCUUCUCAAGACUGUCAUGGGUGAUGUCAGAGAAGCUGUGUUAAGAAAAGUUUUAUUACAAGUGCACUGAAGCUGGAUUUUAAGAAAUUUGCCAUGAUAACAUAGCAAGUCAGUGGAGGGACAAUUGGAAACGCCAUCCCUCAAUACAACCAGGCGACAAGAUGCCACAAUAAUUUCCUUCAGCAUGUUUUAAUUCUCAAACACAGGUGGAAAUUGUAGCUCAUUUUGUAGAUAGUAUAGCACAAAAAUGUAUAAUGACAAUGAAGGAAUUAAGGAAAAAAUGAUCUCAAAAUUACAGAACCAAUAUUGGGUGCUAAUGUGUGUAAACAUCACCUCUUCUAAUGUGCCAAUAUAUGGGCAUAUGCUUCAGUGUUAGUUAUGAAGAUCAAGAUGAAGAAAAGUUUUAUAUUGUAGGUAAUAACUUUCUUUUAUGAGAAAUUUGUAACUGUGUGAAAGAAAUUUUUCUUCAGGUUAGACAAUUGGCAGAGUCCUCUUAGUGUAUUGCAUACAACUGUAUUUGGUGAUGCAAAUCUUGGUGUGGUGUCAUCGUUUGAAAACAGGAAAAUAUAUUGACAUGGAUGUGCUCUCAAACUACUUGCAGAAAUUGCAUAAAUGGAACAUCAUAAGUGCUUUCACAAAAUGUAGGUUUAAGUUAUUAAAGAUGUCUAAACACAAAGUACAUAUAGAAUUAUCCAUGUAAAAAGGGGUGUUACUCCCUCACAUGGGUUUACUUUCGACCUAUACAUGAUGAAUUAACUCAUUAUAGAAAAAUAAAAACAAAGUAAAAUGCUUCCCAAGAAGUUUUUCAGCCAUUUCAAUUUAUGAAUGUAAUUUUAAACAAUCUGUGUCCAAACUUCCAAUGCUGCAUGAACCCUGAAGGCUAUCUGUACUUCUGAUGACUUGAUAUGAACUUCAGAGAAAAGCAUUUUACUUGUAUAACUAGAUUGUUAAAAGAAAAAAAAUGUAAUGAAAAUGAGAAACCUUUUAUUGGUGUGACACUGAACCCUUGCCUUGUUACCAUGAUGUAGGUCAGAUAUGUUGGUCUUAAGUAUAAUGUUUUUUUUUCUCUCUCUCUCUCUUUUUUAUUUUUUAUUUUUUCUUAGGUUAGUGUUCUCCACAGUGUUGCACAUAUAUAUAUAGUUGUGUAUUCCAGGAUCUUGAUAUUAGGUUAUAGUACUUAUUUUUUCAUGUUUUUGUAAGAAACUUGUUUUGUUUCAUACUGACAAUGUGACCAUUCACUUUAUAUUAAUGUUUAAGUGUACUUUUUGUACAAACUUUUUUGUGUGAAUGAGCAGAUGAGCCAAGUUUGACAGAGUAAGCAGAUGGUCCUCUUUUAAGAGUGUUCGAAAUAGCCAGCCAGUUACCAGGUGCAAGGAACAGUUAAAGGCACAGAUCCAGUCCAUACCACGAAGCUAUUUUCUGUAGAUCUGACUGUUGCAAAAAAAAAAAAAAGAAAAAAAGAAAAAAAAGGACAAAAGAUGGCUUAGACAUCUCGCUGUACUAGAAGAAGUAGGGGAAAGAACAUUGCCAAUAACUGUCUUUGUUACUUAGUGAAUGUCCAAAUGUUUUUCAGCUAUACUUAUUACUCUUAAAUUGAAUAAAUGAAUGAAAUAUUGCCAAGGCUGGUUUAUACGAUAAGCAUAAUUUUCAUGAGUUAAAAAUAUGUGAUGUAGCAUACUAAAGCAUGAGUGAGGAUGAGGAUGUAAGAGAUAGUAAGAUGACCUUGAAUAUUAUUUUUGAAGAAGAAUUUUCUCAACUAGAGUAAUUCCAUUCUGUCGGGGUAUGUUUUUAUUGAAAUUUAUUUGUUACAAUUGAGCUAAUGACAUGACUAAAACCGAUUACUUUGGUUUGCUGAAUAUUUUAGCAAUACAGACAGAUUCCUGCAAUAAGAAAUUCAAAGUUCUGUGACCUAUGAAUGCAUAUCAAGCACUACCAUAAGUUGCUUCAUAAUCAUUGUUGUCUCUAUAUAUCAUGUAACUUGGUGCAUCGUGGGCAGUGUUAAGGAUGUUUCCUAUGAACUUGGUCUCAGGUGUCAGGAGCACACUUGGUGGUGUUGAAGAAAAUGGAAAAGGUCAUGCUGUUAUCUUCCUCUCUGAUAAGCAGGGUAGCAGGGAAAGUGCCAUGUAUAUAUAAAAAAGGAAGGAUCUUUUAAAAUUAUUAAAGAAAAAAGAGAGUGAAGAAGAAAAGAAAAGAAAAGAAAAAAAAAACAUAUCAAGAUUGCCUUGAAAUGCUGGGUGUGCCACUGAAGAGCCUACACACUGUUGUGAGAGCAAUAUAAUAAUACUCAAGUUGGUAGAGGCAAUUCAUCAGAGAAUAACACUAAAGCAUUCCUGUUUACCAGACCUACAGUAAUGUGUAGGGGACAUUUCACUAACAUUUUCCUCAAUUCCACCUUGCUGCUGCCAUGACUGGAUACUGUUUAAUUUCUUUUGUAAGUCCUGUAGCAGAGUAAUACACACAAAAUGUAAAAGCAUUGUCACGGUAACAUCACAGUUUCUGAGGAUGAAAAAGGUGUUAUGUACAGAUCUCUCUCCCUCUUCUUGCUGUUAAACUCUCAUGAUUAGAGUGUAUACGUUUUCAUUAUGUGUAAGUGCAUUUACUUAUUUCCAAAGCAUUUAUUCUGUACAUCCCAGACUUUAAAAAGAAAAAAAAAAUGAUGAGGCUAUCACAUGGCAUUUUCAGAAGAACCAAUAAAUGAUAAAGCAGAUGUUACCCAUGGGUCACGAUAUUCCUGUUUGCCAGUUUUAUAUUUUGCUUUGUUUGGCUUCAGUUUGUAAUCACUACCACCUCAAAUCAACUGCCAUUAAUCUAGGGGGAUAUGAGGCAAUACACUUGGCUUGCCACUAUGCUCUCUCCUUUCAUGCACUACUGCCUGGACCAUCAAACUGCCUCUCAUUGUAGCCUCUUUUAAUGGUUUUCUUAACCAUGGCACUAAACCCUUGUUAAUGACCUAAAGUGGAAGUAUGUUUUAUUUCAAAAUGUAUUGACAAGUAACCUUGGAAAGCAUAGUUAUGUUACAGUUUAUUUUUAUAGAAAUUGACAACAAUUGAAUAACAAGGUAUUGGUGCUUCUAAACCUUCUUUGUAAUAUGUCAAAGGUGUUACAUGAUAUUUAGAUUAUGCACAUUUCAUAUUGAUAGUUAGGAGGAAUGAGAGGCAGGACUUUCUAUCAAAAUUACUCUACCCAUGCCUAUAACAUUGUUUUGUUUUUACCUAGCUAGCAAUAUUUUGUAAUUCACACGUGAUGUAACAUAUUGUAAGAAUAAAAUGGAAAGAAAAUUUUA